UUGUAGUCUGUGCAGUAUCCAGUUCUGCUUCAACUCAGAUAGUAAAUUGUUUGUUUGCUUCUAAAUCCAAUUAUGUGUGAGUGAUUCAUAGAUCCAACCUCCAGAAAAUAAGAGGGUUAGCUAUCCGGGAUGCAAGGUUUAGCGGCGCAUUUUGGUCUAAACUUGGUUAUUACUAUCUAAUUGUGGUUUUCGCCUUUCACUUUGACGAUUACUUCUGCAAGGAUACAGGCAUUUGUUUGAACUAGAGUGAAGCUGCUAUGGGUGUUUCCAGCAAAUGGAUUAGAGCUUUGGUUGGUUUAAAGAAACCAGAAAAAUCGCAGUCUUUAGAGAAGGAUGACAAUAGGACAGCUACUAGCAAGCUCCAAAAUAGGAGAAAGCACUCAGUUGAGUUUGAUGCUGAUAAACUUCAAGAAGAGUUCCAUGGCAAUGUUGCUAACCCAGUUGGUGAUGCCACUGCCAAUUCUGUCUCAGAGGCUUCAGAAUCUUUUUCUGCUUCACUUCAAGUACAGGAUGUAGCUCACAAUCAACAAAUUUGUAGAGAAGAAUUGGCUGCUACUCGUAUUCAAACAGCUUUUCGUGGAUUUCUGGCUAGGAGAGCUCUGCGAGCUUUAAAAGGAUUGGUAAGACUUCAAGCUCUUGUAAGGGGUCAUGCUGUGAGAAAGCAGGCUGCAAUAACUCUUCGCUGCAUGCAAGCUUUAGUUAGAGUUCAGGCUCGUGUUCGUGCAAGGCGUGUUCGUAUAGCAUUAGAAAGUGAAACAUCUCAACAAAAACAUCAACAACUUGCAAAUGAUUCUUGGGUACGAGAAAUAGAGGAAGGGUGGUGCGACAGUGUAGGAUCUGUUGAAGAAAUUCAAGCAAAGUUGCUAAAGAGGCAGGAGGCUGCAGCCAAGCGCGAGAGAGCCAUGGCAUAUGCUUUGGCUCAUCAGUGGCAGGCAGGAUCAAGACAGCAGGCUGUUCUUUCUGGGUUUGAACCAGAUAAAAGCAGCUGGGGAUGGAAUUGGUUGGAGAGAUGGAUGGCUGUCCGUCCUUGGGAGAACCGAUUUCUUGACAUAAAUCUUAGAGAUGGGGUUAUGAUUGGUGAAAAUGGAAAUUCUGAAGGUAAGAACGGCACCAAACCCCAGUUAAAGUCUUCUGGUAAGAAGCCGGCUCUAUCAAGUCAUCAAUCAAACCUUUUGAAUCAGAAAACAGGUCUAUCCCAUUCGGAUGGUAGCAAUUCUCCUACUAAGUCAGUUGGCAUGUUAGAGGUAUCCAGUACUGUUUUUGCAAAACCAAAGCCAAAGCCAGUUCUAGAAGAUCGUUCUGAAGAAACCAACACUGUUCAAAGAUCUCAUAGCAACCCGAAAGAGAGAGCAAUAAAGUCAGAUAAACAAGCAAAGAAGAGAUUGUCUCUACCUAAUAGUGCAGGUGGAAGCAGCGGGGCUCAGGCAGCCAGGCAUGGCAGAGUAGCUCUGAGGGAUAAACCAAAGUUGAAAGCAAAAGGGGAACCAGUCAGUAGAAAGGCUGUCGAUAUGUAGCAUUUAGGAAUUGGACGAGUUCUUGUAUAUAGGCACUUUGAUUUCAUUGCUCUCAUAAAAUCUUCUAGGUUGAGUGGUUCCAGGGAAUAAGUUGGUGUGUUGUUUUUUGUUCAAUAUUUAAUUUAUAAUAUAUGUUUUCCAGCGCA